AGGCGCCGUCCGCGUGGCUGUUUUAGGUGCCGGGUCGCCGUGUUGGCGUGGCCGGAUUGGGGGCGUCGUCUCACUAAUGCUUUAGAGAUUUGACAGGUGUGUUCUCAGGUGCAAGAGAAGGCCCUUCAAGUUGAGGUGCUGGACAGUUUGAGGAUGAGUGCUGAAGAGCUGGAGAAGUACAACGAGCGGGCUCGGCUGGCCGAGCAGGAGAUCGAAAAGCUGCACGGCACCCUGCAGCAGCUGCUGGCCGGCUCGGGCGAACCGUCCGAAGCUGACAGCGAGGAGGUGGCGCGGCUGCGCGCCGAGAACCAGAAGCUGCGUCACCGGGCCGGCGUGCUGCGGCGCGCCGCCGAGGCGGAGGCGCAGCGCGCGCCGGCCGGUAUGCAGUGCCUGCACAUGGCACUGUCGGCGAGGUUCACCGCGGCCAUCGCGGCGGCGUUCCCCGACAUCCCAGACGCGCCCACGGGCCUGACGUCCGGCUCGCGCUUCGGGGACUACCAGUGCAACGCCGCGCUGCCCAUCGUCAAGAUCCUCAAGGACCAGGGCAUCAAGAUGAGCCCGCGCGACGUGGCGCAGAAGAUCAUCAGCUGCGUGCCGGAGAACCCGAUCAUCGAGCGCAUGGAGGUGGCCGGCGCCGGCUUCAUCAACGUGUUCCUCCGGAAGGAGCACGCGGCGGAGCAGCUGCGCCAGAUGCUCUUGCGGGGCGUGCCGGCGCCAGCCGUGCAGAAGAGGCGCGUCGUCAUUGACUACUCGUCGCCGAACAUCGCCAAGGAGAUGCACGUGGGGCACCUGCGCUCCACCAUCAUCGGCGACAGCAUCAGCCGUCUGCUCGAGUUCCUCGGCCAUGACGUGCUGCGCAUCAACCAUUUGGGCGACUGGGGCACGCAGUUCGGCAUGCUGAUCGCCCACCUCGCCGAUAAGUUCCCCAACUACAAGACGGAGACGCCGCCGAUCACCGACCUGCAGGGCUUCUACAAGGAGUCGAAGAAGCGAUUCGACGAGGACGAGGCGUUCAAGAAGCGAGCCUACGACUGCGUGGUGCGCCUGCAGGCGUACGAGGAGGAUAUCAUCCGCGCGUGGAAGCUGAUCUGCGCCGUGUCGGAGCGCGAGUUCGGCAAGAUCUACGCGCGGUUGAACGUGAAGGGCCUGGUGUCGCGGGGCGAGUCGUUCUACCAGAGCCGCAUGCAGGACGUGGUGCAGGUGCUGACGGAGCGCGGCUUCCUCGAGGAAGACAACGGCCGCCAGAUCAUGUUCGCGCCCGGCUGCGACCUGCCGCUGACGGUAGUCAAGUCGGACGGCGGCUUCACCUAUGACACGUCUGACAUGGCGGCGCUGCGACAGCGCGUGGAGGAGGAGCACGCCGACUGGCUCAUCUAUGUGGUGGACGCCGGCCAGAGCGCGCACCUGCAGUCGGUGUUCGCGUGCGCCCGCCGUGCCGGCUGGCUCGACGGCGGCGUGCGCGUCGAUCACGUGGGCUUCGGCGUCGUCCUGGGCGAAGAUAGGAAGAAGUUCAAGACGCGGUCGGGCGAGACGGUACGGCUGGUGGAUCUGCUGGACGAAGGCGUGAAGCGCACGCUGGAGAAGCUGCGUGAGAAGGGCCGCGACGGGGAGCUGACGCCGGAGGAGCUGCGCCAGGCGCAGGAGCACGUGGCCUACGGCUGCAUCAAGUACGCCGACCUCUCGCACAACCGCAACCACGAGUACGUCUUCUCCUUCGACAAGAUGCUGGAUGACCGAGGCAACACGGCCGCCUACCUGCUGUAUGCGCUCACCCGCAUCCGCAGCAUCAGCAGGAAGGCGCAGCUGACCUCCGAACAGCUCGUAAAGACGGCCGAGGACGGCACGGCCAUCGAGCUGCUGCACGACAAGGAGUGGAAGCUGGCGAAGGUUCUGCUGCGCUUCCCAGAGGUUGUGGUUCGGGUGACUGAGGACCUGUUCAUCCACAGCCUGUGCGACUAUCUGUACGAAGUAUCCACUGUCUUCACGGAGUUCUAUGACAGCUGCUACUGCGUGGAGAAGGAUCGCAAAACAGGAGAGAUCGUCAAGAUCAACAUGUCGCGCAUGCUGCUGUGUGAAGCCACCGCCCUCGUGAUGACCAGGUGUUUUGGCAUCCUGGGCAUCAAGACAGUGCAGAAGAUGUAACCGGAACCAUACUAGAGGGCACAUUUGUUGUGCAGUGAGUUUCGACCAAAGACUCGCUGGUUGUUUUAAUAAAACUAUCAUGGCUCACG